GAUACGAUCGAAAUGCAGAAGUUAAUUAUUUUCGCUUUGGUUGUCCUCUGCGUUGGUUCUGAAGCCAAAACGUUCACGAGAUGCGGUCUCGUGCAUGAGCUGAGGAAACAUGGCUUCGAAGAAAAUCUCAUGAGGAACUGGGUAUGUCUGGUCGAGCACGAGAGCAGCCGUGACACGUCCAAGACGAACACGAACCGUAACGGCUCGAAGGACUACGGAUUGUUCCAGAUCAACGACCGGUACUGGUGCAGCAAAGGUGCCAGUCCAGGCAAAGACUGCAACGUUAAGUGCUCCGACCUCCUGACUGACGACAUCACUAAGGCAGCGAAAUGCGCUAAGAAAAUUUACAAACGUCACCGCUUCGAUGCCUGGUACGGUUGGAAGAACCACUGCCAGGGCUCCUUACCUGAUAUUAGCAGCUGCUAAAUUAGACUGUGAACUUCAGCUACACUUUCGAUUCGAUCUCCUCGAAACAGAACUGUGUGCUUAGUGCGAGUUUUUUAACGUUCUCGAU